AUGGCUGUGCACUAUAACUCCAUCACCAAGGAGCCCUAUCUCCAGCUCCCUGAGCCACGUGCAAACAUCAUCAUCACCCCAUACCGCGAGCACCAGAUCCAAGAGACUGCUCUUGUCAUGACCGAGAUACUCAACGAUGCCAAAGUUUAUUCCUGGUUGCAAGGUCCCCCUUACCCCUUUCUACCUGAGCACGGCGAGGAUUGGAUCAAGAUGAAAAUCCAGGAGAACAAGGCCGUGGUGUCUGCACUCCAACAGGAGUUCGAGACAAAGGACCAGCAGCAAAGUGGUGAAUCCUCCGAUCAAACAGAUCGACAGAUCUUCGACAAAUGCCCUUUUCUUUGCAUCCGUCAAGUGGAAGAAAGAGAUCCGAUAAGCGGCGCGCCUUUGCAAGACACUCUCAUAGGCGAGGUCGCGAUUAUGCGUUAUCCUUUCCACGAGAUCCGGCGCAACAGCUGGGAGCUUGCGCUAGUUCAGGAUCAUAACAAUCGAUUGCCUCCAGGGCAUGAUGAUAUUGUCUGGAGUAUAGGAAACUACUUGUCCCCUUCGUAUCACGGGAGAGGGAUCAUGAGUCGUGCUGUUGCAACUGUGAUUAGAAACUGGGCUGUACCUCGUAUGAACACGAAGCACUUUCGAGGAAGCUUUUUCGCAGGAAACGUGGGGAGCCGGAAAGUGUUUGAGCGGAACAACUUCGAGGAAGUUGGUACCUUCAAAGACUGGUCGCCGGAACGUCCGAACAAAAACCAAGGAAAGAUGUCACUUGUGGUAAUGGAAUGGAAAGGUCUUUUGUAA